GGAAAAACAAAAAUAAUAAGAAAUAAAUAAAAUUUUGAAGGAAGUGGCGAAAUUGAUAAAUUUAAAUUGAUAAGAAGAAGAGGAGGGGAGGCGGCUGAAGGAAAGGGGAUGGUUACGUCUAAAUGGCCUUAGUAUCUUUGAAAACUUCAAAGCCAAUUCUUUGCCAAUCAAAACUCUUCUGUGUCUCCAUUCUCUAUUUGUUCACCUCUGUAUUCUUAGCCCUCUACACAUCUUUUUCCAAUUCCAGAUGUCUCUUCAGAUCAUCUCCUUUUGAUCCCAUUCAGUAUUCUCUCUUCAGAUAUCCUUCAUCCUAUGGAGAACAUAAAUACUCUCUUCCUACCCAUCGUUCUUCUUGUGAUUCCCCUGUUUAUUUUUCCGAUUAUCCAAUUGUCACGGAGGAAGUGGAAGCAUUAUGUAGGAAUUCGACCGCAUUAGGCUCUGGUACUCUGCAUUAUAUGAAGGGGAAUUCGGAGAGUUUCGGUGGCAAUUUUAGCACAAAGAGGAGAUUUUCGUAUUUCAAUCGCGAUGACGACAAUAAAACGGAAAUCCCUUGUGGAUUCCUUAAAAAACUCCCGAUAAGUUCUCGAGAUCAAGUUCUAGCGGAGAAUUGUAACAGAGUUGUGGUAGUAUCAGCGAUAUUCGGUGAUCAUGACAAGAUUAGACAGCCAAAAGGAUUAGGAGCUAAAACACUGGACUCUGUAUGUUUCUUCAUGUUUGUAGACGAACUGACUCUCCAAAGGCUUGAUUACCAUAAUCUGAUUUCGAUAAAAUCGAAAGAGUACAAGGUUGGUGUGUGGAGGAUUGUGAAGGUAUCAAGCGAGGAAUUAUACGAUAAUGCCGCAAUGAAUGGAGUCAUCUUCAAGCAUCUCGUCCAUAGGCUUUUUCCGAACUCGAAAUUUAGCAUUUGGAUUGACGCGAAAUUGCAGCUUGUGGUUGACCCGCUACUAUUGAUUCAUUCGCUCAUUGUUAAGGAAGAUGUGGAUAUGGCUAUUUCAAAGCAUCCUCUGUUUGUUAAUGUCAUGGAGGAGGCAAUGGCGACAGCAAGGUGGAAGAAAUGGUGGGAUAUUGAGGGAUUGAAGAAUCAGAUUGAAACUUACUGUGAAUAUGGAUUAGAACCAUGGUCAUCACAUAAGCCAUAUCCUUCAGGUACCAUUUGCUCACCUGCUCUUUGUUUUCAUGUCAUGAAUAAGUUUCUGCACCAAUAAUAGUUUGAUGCUUCUAUAACAUGAGUACAUGUUUGUUUACCAGGUUGUUUUGUUCCGUUAUGAAUUAUAGAAAUGAUAAAAUUUGAUUUAGUGAAGAAAUUAAACGAAAUCAGGACUCUCUGAAUCAAAAAUCAUUUCCCAAUCAAUACCAAUAAACUUAUCCUAUGUAAACAGAUAGCCUAAACCAAAGAUCUGCUCCUCGUUCUGUUAUUAAUCAUUUUGUUACAGUCAUCUGUUUAUUAAGAAGAAAUAGUAAAGUUCAUCAGCAAUUUAUUGCUUAAAAUGCGGUGAUUUGAUUUGGGAUUUGGCUCUAGAAAGUUGCUUGAAAAUUCCCACCUAAAUAAUCAUUACGUUGAAAUCAAGAAAAUGUAAAGUUCACGCCGAAGAUUAUUGAAAUUUCUGGAUGAAGCAAUCGAUUCCCGAGUCAUGCAUGAUGGGUGUUGCCACCAUUUAGGUAGGACACCAGUUGUGCAUGGUCUAGUUACUUGCUAGUACUUCUUGUUCUAGCAUCACCUUCUUCUUUUUCUUUUGAGGAGGAAAAAAACCUUAAUUUAACAUUAUCGUCUUGAAGCCAUGAAGGUCAACCUACGGAACUAGGGCUUAGGUAGUUUCUCAUCUAUUUGGUGGAGAAACUGGCUGUGACUGGCCUGGUAUAGCUAGGGCCUUUACAACUCAAACCAACAUGGGAUGUAUUAUCCAAUUAUAAUUAUUCCUCUAUUAUGAAAGUUUUCUUCUUUAAACGACAAUCUAUUAUAGUAUAAAAAAUGUGGUACAAUGCAUGAAUUAGACUUACUGUAGCUUUCUUUUACUUUGUAUGUUGAAUAGAAUCUUUAAAGAUAGCAAAAACAUAAAUACAACCCUUCUUUUAGAACUAUAUUUCUUUUCAAAAUGUAUGUAUACAGCCGGGCAAGUGGUGACCUACAGCUUGAAAUAAAAUUAAAAUUUAUAGGGAAACAGCCGGCUCUAAGUUUUACCAUCCAUUAACUUUGACCUUUUUUAAACACUUAAUUGAUCUCAUUAGAAUAAUUACUUUGUUAAAUUACAACAAUAUAUCAAAGUGAACUAGUCAAAUGUAAAGGAACAAGUAUUAGUUUGUCUCUAUUUUCUUGCCAGUUUGCCACCAAGAGAGGUUUCUUCGAGGUUAAUUCAGCCGCCAUAAUUACUGUGGUCACAUUAUUCUUGACAACCUCUUUUGGGUGCUUCAUUUAUGCUGGCUUGACAAUUCUUUCCUCCUUGCAAAUACACCUCUUUGAUUCCCGGCCAACUACCCACCGACCCCCUCCAGCUCUCUUUUGCAACUACUUUUGUUCAUGCUUGCUUUAAUAAGUAGUACAGUAGUAUAUGAGUUUUAUAUGAAGGUUAAUCAUUUCAUCACUUAUUAUAACAACAAUAAUGAUCUUUUACUAUUGUGUGUGGUUAUAUCAAACAAAAAAGUAGUUGUGAACAAACAUUAUUUUUCUUUCAGCUAAGUGCAGCCUGGUUAAGGUUUUGUUUGCUUUCAAUAAGGAUAUUAAUUUACUAACAAGUAGCUUUACUAAACACAUAAUUAUGUGUGGCUCCCAUACGUACGAAAUUUAAACACAUUUUUUAAAGUAAAAGUUCAAAGUACAAACCUCUUAAUUUUUUGCUUAAUCAAGCUUUGCUUAUUAAACCAG